GUGACGGGGUUGUCGGGAUACGGGGCGAAGCCAACAUGGAGCCUUCGGAGGGAUGAAGGUGAAGCUGUUGUUGCCGGCUGCGCCUGUCUACCCGUCCCAGCAUGCUGGUGCACUUUUUUCGGGCCGGGAUUAGGGGAAGCCCUGUCCCAGGAGGGUCCCUAUUUUCUCGUCGGCUCCAGACAUUCUCGGCCGUCAGGUCCCCAGAUGGCCACCUCAGCUCCUGCCUGCUCAAGACUGUGGCCCAGCUUCGGUCACAGCUCCGGGUCCACCUCCCUCGAGCCCCACCAGCCACAGCUCCCAGCCAGAGCCCCUCUGCCUGGUGCUGGGUUGGGGGAGCCCUUCUGGGACCCACGGUGCUGUACAAGUGUCCUCACCUCUACCUGAGGGCACUGUGUGAGGCACAAGAGGCCCCUCAUGCCCACCCUGUACCCCGUGUUGCACAGUCUCAGUUUAACUGGAAGCUCUUCUGGAAGUUCUUACACCCCCACCUGCUGCUCCUGGGAGCCGCCAUUGUGCUGGCACUGGGUGCAGCCCUGGUGAAUGUCCAGAUCCCUCUGCUCCUUGGCCAGCUGGUUGAGGUUGUGGCCAAGUACACCAGGGACCAUGUAGGGAGCUUCGUGUCUGAGUCCCGGAACCUCAGCACCCACCUGCUCCUCCUCUAUGGCAUCCAGGGACUGCUGACCUUCGGGUACCUGGUGCUGCUGUCUCACAUUGGCGAGCGCAUGGCUGUGGACAUGCGCAGGGCCCUCUUCAGCUCCCUGCUCCGACAAGACAUUGCUUUCUUUGAUGCCAAGAGGACAGGGCAGCUGGUGAGCCGCCUGACGACUGAUGUGCAGGAGUUUAAGUCAUCCUUCAAGCUUGUCAUCUCCCAGGGGCUGCGCAGUUGUACCCAGGUGGCUGGCUGCCUGGUGUCCCUGUCCAUGCUGUCCCCUCGCCUCACGCUGCUACUACUGAUUGCCACGCCUGCCCUGAUGGGAGUCGGCACCCUGAUGGGCUCAGGUCUCCGAAAGUUGUCCCGCCUGUGUCAGGAACAGGUUGCCAGAGCCACAGGUGUAGCAGAUGAGGCCCUGGGCAAUGUCCGAACAGUACGCGCCUUCGCCAUGGAGCAACGGGAAGAGGAACGCUACAGAGCUGAGCUGGAGCGGUGUCACUCUAAGGCAGAGGAGCUGGGCAGGGGCAUCGCCUUGUUCCAGGGCCUUUCAAACAUUGCCUUCAACUGCAUGGUCCUGGGCACCCUGUUUGUUGGGGGCUCCCUGGUGGCUGGACAGCAGCUGACAGGGGGAGACCUCAUGUCCUUCCUGGUGGCUUCCCAGACAGUGCAGAGGUCUAUGGCCAACCUCUCUGUUCUGUUUGGUCAGGUGGUGCGGGGCCUCAGUGCGGGUGCCCGUGUCUUCGAAUACAUGGCCUUGAGUCCCCACAUCCCACUGUCAGGAGGCCACAGCCUCCCCAGGGAGCAGCUUCACGGCUCUGUCACUUUCCAGGACGUCAGCUUCAGCUACCCAUGCCGCCCCGGCUUUGAGGUGCUGAAGGACUUCACCCUGAUGCUGCCCCCUGGCAAGAUCGUGGCCCUCGUCGGCCAGUCUGGGGGAGGAAAGACUACGGUGGCUUCCUUGCUAGAACGCUUCUAUGACCCCACGGCUGGCGUGGUGACAUUAGACGGGCAUGACCUGCGCACACUUGACCCUUCCUGGCUCCGGGGCCAGGUCAUCGGCUUCAUCAGCCAGGAGCCAGUCUUGUUUGGAACAACCAUCAUGGAGAACAUCCGCUUCGGGAAAGUGGAAGCUUCUGAUGAAGAGGUGUACGCAGCUGCACGGGAGGCCAAUGCCCACGAGUUCAUCUGCAGCUUCCCUGAUGGCUACAACACCAUCGUGGGUGAGCGAGGCACAACCCUGUCUGGUGGCCAGAAGCAGCGCCUAGCCAUCGCCCGGGCACUCAUCAAACAACCCACUGUGCUGAUCCUGGACGAGGCCACCAGCGCCCUGGACUCAGAGUCUGAGCGAGUGGUGCAGGAGGCCCUGGACCAGGCCAGUGCUGGCCGCACUGUGCUGGUCAUCGCCCACCGACUCAGCACUGUUCGUGCAGCCCACUGCAUCGCUGUCAUGGCCAAUGGCCAGGUCUGCGAGGCUGGGACCCACGAAGAGCUCCUGAGGAAAGGUGGGCUGUAUGCUGAGCUCAUCCGCAGACAGGCCCUGGACACUCCAUUGCCAUCAGCCCCACCUCCAGAGACCCUGAGAGACCCCCAGAACCACUGGUACAGGACCUGAGAGGGACUCCAAGGUCUGCUCACUGCCAACUGCCAGCGCCAGGCCUGGGGGACUUGCAGGGCGGAGUCCCUGGACAGCAGGCACGUUAGGCUGGCUGCCACACAUAUAAUAAAGCUGGUCCGUGGCCAGGCUGGGAGGCUGGAUCUCUCCCAUCAUUCUACCCUUGCAGUCUACUGCCUCCUUCCUUUCUACCCAUGCACCAAGGUUGUUGGGCUGAUGGGCCAAGGCGGAACUCCAUGCUUGAAGUUGUCCAUCCCCAGCUCCAAGGAAUUUGAAACACAGGCUCUUCCCCCAGCCAGGGCUUCACCGCGCUCACCUAGCCUGGGGACUGAUGCCCUCAUUCCUGGCCCCUGUCCCACAGCUCCUUUCCUUCACUGUCCCCAUCCUCAUGGUCUCAGUCUGUAGUCUGGAUUUCCCUUCCCCCACCUCCAUGGGCCAAGACACCUG